AUGACCGCCGAAAGGCAGGCCUCCGGCCAGGCGGACGGCCACAGCCACGCGCACGGCCAGGGUCACGCCCGCGGUGACGCUCAGGGCGGGCAGGGGGGGCAGGCGCAGGCGGCGCCGCAGCAGGGCAGCGAGCUCCUGCCCGGCGUGAAGAGCGUGAUCGCCAUCGCGUCGGGCAAGGGCGGAGUCGGCAAGUCGACGACAGCCGUGAACCUCGCCACGGCAAUGGCCGCCCAGAACGUCCGGGUCGGCCUGCUCGAUUGCGACAUUUACGGCCCCUCGAUCCCGCGCAUGCUCAAUCUGAGCGGCCAGCCGGAGUUGGUGGGGGAGCGCACGCUGCGCCCCAUGGCGAAUUACGGGAUCAAGUGCAUGUCGAUCGGGUUCCUCGUCGCCGAGGACACGGCCAUGAUCUGGCGCGGCCCGAUGGUCAUGCAGGCGCUCGAACAGAUGAUGCGCGACGUCGAUUGGGGCGAGCUUGACGUGCUGCUUUGCGACCUGCCGCCGGGUACCGGCGAUGCGCAGCUCACCAUGGCGCAGCGGGUCCCGCUCACCGGCGCCGUGAUCGUCUCGACCCCGCAGGAUAUCGCGCUGCUCGACGUGACCCGGGGCAUCAACAUGUUCCAGCAGGUCAACGUGCCGAUCUUCGGGGUCGUGGAAAACAUGAGCUACUACGUGUGCCCCGAGUGCGGCCACCGCGCCGAGAUCUUCCACCAUGGCGGCGCGCGCGAGACGGCGCGCCGGCUCGGUGUCGACUUCCUGGGCGAGAUUCCGCUCCACCUGGAUAUCAGAACGACCUCGGAUUCCGGCCGCCCCAUCGUGGUCACCCAGCCUGACAGCCCCCACGCCGCGUCCUACCGGCGGAUCGCCGCCGGCCUCAUCGACAAGGCGACCUCGGCGGUGGGCGGCGCGGGGCGCUCGCAGCCCCGCAUCGUCAUGAUGUGA